AUGGCCCCCACAAAAGGCGACCACCAAGAGCCAGCCGCUGCCAGGCCGGCUCCAGCAUUCACCUCCAGCUUGCAGGCUGAAGAGGCCGACUUUCCCCGAGGCGGGGGAUCCAGCUUGACCGCCUUCGAGUUCAAGCAGGUCAGAGAAGAGGGCAGGAAGGAAGCCGAAGAAGAGGCAAAGGCGCAGGCUUCCAAAGGCGAGAAGCGAAAGAGGCAGGUCAGCGAGCGACAGACCAAGCGACUGAAGAAGAACGAGGACGCCAAGAAGCGUGAGGAGAGGGACAAGGAAGGAAUCCGUGUCGAGUUGCUCAACUACAAGCGACUGGCGACUGGCACCCGUGUGCUUGCUCGUGUCCACACCAUCCUCCCCCUCCAUCUCAUCUUGUCCCUCCCCAACAACCUUCUCGCCCACGUCCCGAUAACUGAAGUUUCCAACACCCUCACCCAGCUGUUGCGCGCCGAAGAAGAUGCUGCUAUGGAGGACGAGGAGGAAGACGAGUCUGAUGACGAAUCAUCUGCCCCAGACCUGGCUCAGCUCUUUGUCCCCGGUCAAUAUGUCCCUGCCAAAGUGUUGACUCUGUACCCCACCGCCAGUCAAUCGUUCGUUUCACAGUAUCCCGUCACAGAGACUACUCGGCUCGCUGCCCGAGUGGAGCUCACUCUCAUACCCGAAAAGGUCAACUCUGAAGUGGCCAAGAAGGAUCUUGAAAAGGGCUAUCUCUUGACUGGCGAAGUCAAGUCUGAGGAAGACAAGGGAUGGACUGUCGCUAUUGGACUCGACACUGAAGACGGGGGGUCAUCUGUCGAAGGCUUUGUCUCUAAAGACGAUGCCAAGAAAUCCAACAAGACGUUGAUCCCGGGGCAACUUGUCCCUUCCACCAUCUCUUCCAUUGCCGCGGGCGGUCGUCUUGUGCAACUCACUCUCAACCCCACAGAACUUGUCCGCUCGCAAGUCAGCGAAGUCUCUACUGUGGGAUCCUUGGUCCCCGGCCAUCUCGUUACAGCCUUGAUCACCGCCGUUGUUCCCAGUGGCUUGAACGUCAAGGUCGCUGGUUUCUUUGAUGGUACCCUUGACUUUGCCCACCUUCCUCUCGGUGAAGACGAUGUAGAGGAGAAAUACAAGAUUGGCAAAAAGAUCCGAGCCCGAAUUAUCUACGACAACCUCUCCGCCGACCCUCGAUCGUUCUCUCUCUCUGCUCUUCCCCACGUCGUCGACCUCACAAGCCCUACCCAAGAAGGUGACUCGACUCCUCUCGAACUCGCCAUCCCUAUCGGCAAAAUCUACCAGAGCACCAAGGUCACCCGAGUGUUGAACGACUGGGGUGUGAUGGUCAGGACCCAAGACGGCUUGGAAGGUUUCGUCCACAUCAGUCAUCUGGCCGACGAGCGUAUCCCCGUCUUGUCCAAGGCUGUUCCUCAAUUCAAGCCUGGUACUCUUCACCGCGCUCGAGUCAUCGGCCACUCUCCCUUGGACGGUGUUUUGCUCUUGUCUUUCGAGCAAUCUGUGCUGUCCCAGACGUUCAUGCAGGUCACCGAGCUCAAGAUUGGCCAGCAGCUGAAGGGUGUCAUCCGAAAGUUGACCGACACCAUGUUGUUUGUCAACAUUCACGGCAACGUCGAUGGUAUCGUGCAGCCCAACCACUAUGCCGAUAUCAAGCUCAAGCAUCCCGCAAAGCGAUUCCGACCUGAUGCUUCUGUCAAGGCUCGUGUCUGGUCCGUUGACCCUAUCCGCAACAGGGUAGUCUUGACGCUCAAGAAGACCUUUAUUGAAUCCGACGCUACCAUUCCCCAGUCCUUUGAAGACUUCAAGGUCGGCCUUGUGACCCUGGGUUCUGUUCUCAAGAUCGUCGACAAGGGUAUCGUGGUCGAGCUCUUUGGCGGCCUCAAGGCCUUCAUGCCUCACUCCGAGUGUAGCCAAACCUUUGUCAAGAAUCUGAAUGAGGCUUUCCACGUCGGCAAGCCCCUCUCCAUCCGUGUGAUCGAAGCCGACCCUGAGACUGCCCGACUCGUCGUUUCCGCCAAGCAAGCCUCCGCUUCAGCCCCCGCCACCGCUGCCGAGAAGCUUGAAGUUGGUGAGGCUGUCACCGGCGUCGUGUCUCAGGUGCACGCUGAACAGGUCGUUGUCAAGCUUGACGGAAGCGGCUUGACCGCUUUGCUGUCUUUGAGCAACUUGUCCAACCAGAAGCGAAUGGGCAUCGAAGAAUUGAGGGAGAGCUUGAAGGCUGGCGACAAGAUUGAGGACCUCGUCAUCGUUUCCAAGAACCCGGUGUCUGGUUUGAUCAUUGUCAACAUCAAGAAGACUCCCUCUGCAAAGAAGACCAAGACGAAGGAAGAGAAGGCCGCGUCCGGUAUCUCUGCCAACGUCAAGGCUAUCGACUCUAUCGAGUUGGGACAAAUCCUGGAGGGCACAGUGUCUGACCACACUCCUAACGGCUGGAUGGUCAAGAUCUCUCACUCUAUUCGAGGUCGUGUCCACCCUUGUGACGCUGCGGAUGACCUUUCUCUUGUGACUGCUCAAAAGCCCCUCUCUGUGGGCAAGCAUGUCAAGUGCUACGUCCUCAAGGUUGAUGCCUCCAAGCGUGCUAUCGACCUUUCCACCAGACCCUCUAGGGUUGAAGGCAAGGAAGAUGUUGUUGACAAGGAGAUCAGCACCGUCGGCGACUUGAAGGAGGGUAGCACUGUGAGGGGUCUGGUGAAGAACAUUGCCGGAUCCGGUGUCUUUGUGUCUUUGGGCAGGAACGUCACUGCCCGAAUCAUGAUCAAGGAGCUCUUUGACGAAUAUGUCAAGGACUGGCAAUCUCGAUUCGAGGUCGGCCAGCUCGUCUCUGGAAAGAUCGUUUCCAUCAACUCCAACACCAAUUCUAUCGAAUUGUCUCUCCGAAAGAGCCCCACGCGUGCCGCCAAGAAGACUGCCCUCCUCUCCCUCUCAGACUUUACCGAAGGCCAAAAGGUUGUCGCCAGUGUCAAGAAGGUCGAGGCCUACGGCAUGUUCCUCAAGAUCGAUGGAUCCAAUGUCUCUGGUCUUUGCCACAAGAGCGAGAUCACCGACAACAAAAAGGCCGAUGUCGCGCAAGCUUUGAAGGGAUUCAGAGAGGGCGACCAGGUCAAGGCAAAGAUCACCAGCAUCGACAUUGAGAAGAACAAGAUCAGCUUUGGUAUCAAGGCCAGCUACUUUGGCGAAGACUUUGAGGGUGGUGAAGAUGACGAGGAAGAGGAGGAAGCCGAUAACGAUGUGGAGAUGGAGAGUGGAGAUGAGCUGCAACUCGACCAAGAUGAGAGUGAGGCCGGUGAGGACGACGAAGAUGAGGAAGAAGACAGUGAGGCUGAGGCACAGGAUGAUGCCGAGGACGAUGAUGACGAAGAAGAAGACGACGACGACGAAGAGCUGCAACCCGAGGCGUCCACUUCUGCCCCCAAGACUGCUCUCAACGUGGCGUCUUUCGACUGGACCGGUGAUGCCCCCGAGGCUGGCCCCUCAGACUCCGAGUCGGAUUCCGAUGACGAAACCUCUGCUCCUACAAAGGGCAAGGGUAAGAAUGUUGACCUCACUGCCACCGCCCCCUCUGAUCGCCCAUCAUCUACCGCCGAGUAUGAGCGUGCUCUUCUCGCCUCUCCCAACUCCUCCUUCCUCUGGAUCCAGUACAUGUCUUUCUACCUUCAACUCCAUGAAAUAGAAAAGGCCAGGAAGAUCGGUCGACAGGCGUUGGAGAAGAUCUCUUACAGAGAAGAAGAGGAAAAGUUGAACGUCUGGAUGGCCUUGAUCAAUUUGGAGAUUGGUUUCGGAACCAUGAGCAGCGCCGAGAAGCUGUUUGAGGAAGCCAGCCAGUACAACGACAAGAGGACUGUUUUCAUGAGAUACGCGGAUGCUCUCCAAGCUGCUGGCAAAGAAGAUGCUGUAGAAGAAGUGUUCAAGAAGAUUGUGAAGAAGUUUUCAGCUUAUCCUGAAUCUUGGACACGAUUUGCCGAAUUCUAUCUUCUUAAGGGUGAUGCCGACGGUGCCCGAGCCCUUCUGCCGAGAAGUUUGAAGUCUCUUGACAAGUCGAAACAUGUCGAAACUAUCGAAAAGAUGGCUCUUCUCGAGUUCAAGCACGGUGACGCCGAGCGUGCCAAGACCCUUUUCGAGGGCCUUGUCGACCGGCUGCCUAAGCGACUUGACCUUUGGGGUGUCUACAUUGACCAGCUCGGCAAGGGUGGAGAUAUCCAGGGUGUGCGAGGGUUGUUUGACCGAGCGCUGAACCAGAAAUUAACGAGCAAGAAGGCCAAGUUCUUGUUCAAGAAGUGGUUGAGUCUCGAGUCUAGAAUAGGCGAUGCUCCUGGACAGGAGAAGGCCAAGCUGAGAGCGAAGGAAUGGGUCGAGGCCAAUUCAAAGCCCGUUACCGGUGGGGACGAGGAGAGUGGAAGCGACGAAGAGGAAGAGUAG